AUGAAAAAAAUUGAUAAACAGUUGGAAAGGGUGAAGAUUGUAGGUACUAACAAAACAGAAUGUGGUUGUUCAAUUAGAACAACUCAUGGACUACCAUGUGCUUGUGAGUUGGCUAAGUUGCAGAUAAAUGAAUCUGCAAAGGCAAGGCAACCAUCUCAAUCAUCUCAACGUUCUGCAAGGCAACAAUCUCAAUCAUCUCAGCAUUCUUUUAAGACACAAUUUCCUACUUAUAUACGUCUGUAUAUUGAGGACAUAGUAGAUGUUGUGGCUAAUGGAAAUUGUGGGUUUCGUGCAAUUGCAGCAUUGCUAGGUUGGACCGAAGAAACUUGGGCUUUAGUUCGAUCACAAUUGGAUAAAGAGAUUGGUCUACAUAAAGAUGUUUAUUCUAAUGUUUUUGAUGACAAUGUUGAAUCAGUGCGGAACUCAUUGAAAAUAUCAAAAUUGGGUGCUCAAGGAAAAGAUAAGUGGAUGUCUUUACCAGACUUGGGUUACGUGAUAGCAACACUAUAUAAUGUCAUAUUGGUGUCGUUGUCUCGUAAUCUGAAUAUGACAUUUUUCCCGCUAAACAAAUCACCAUCGAAAGAGACCUUUGGGCAGUCUUUACUAGCAAUUGGAUUUGUUAACGAGAAUCAUUGGGUACAGAUCAAAUUGAAGUCUGAUUGUCCUUUGCCACCUACGUCACAAAAAUGGAAAGACUUUUGUAGUGACACAACAAAGAGUUGGGAAGUAGCUUAUGCAGCACGUAUGAAGCAUUGGGAACGCAUUGAUCCAUCAUUUAUCAGAUCAUCUUGUAUUUCAUUAAAUGAAGAUUAGAAUAUGUUGUGUAUCACUGUUUAUGGAUUA